AUCUCCCUUCUCAUGCAUCAAAGGUGUCCUGCUGUCACUCAUGUAUUGCUGGGGAAACAACAGAUAUGGCCAGCUGGGUCUUGCCGGCCAAGACAAUGAAAAGAUUCACUUUACAGAGAAUGGUGGCUUUGAAGGAGGUUCUGGUGUCCAGAAAGUGGCAUGUGGUGAGGCACACACACUGUUUCUCCUACAAGAUGGCACCGUUCUGUCUUGUGGUCAAAACCUCUGUGGGCAGCUGGGCAGAAAGAUUGCUGGAAGUGGUCCAGAACCUUUCCAUGCUUUGGAAGCACAGACUAUUAUUGACAUGAGCUGUGGGUCAAACUACUCUGUAGCAAUAUGUAGUGAAGGAAACAUAUUUACAUGGGGCAAUGGAUUGCAUGGAGAACUUGGGUCAGGGCAGAUGCCUCAACAAUGUCCUAUCCCAAAAAGGAUCACAGGCUUUUCUGAAAUAAAAAUCAUACAAGUAGCUUGUGGACAUUAUCAUACGAUUGCUCUUUCAGAAGACAGCAGUGUGUACUCAUGGGGAAAGAAUGAUGUUGGUCAGCUUGGCAUUGGAUAUCAAACAUCAAAUCAUGCCAGUCCUCAACUUGUAAAGUACCUUAGAGGAGUCCCACUGGUCCAGAUCGCUGCAGGUGGUUCCCAGAGUUUUGCAUUGUCUAUGUCAGGAAUGGUCUUUGGAUGGGGAAAGAAUAAUGUUGGACAACUAGGAUUCAGAAUAGGCUCCCAGAAAGGAAUAUUUAAACCAUACGCAGUGAGCUCCUUGAGAAAUCUCAGUGUUGUUUACAUAAGCUGUGGGGAUGAACAUACGGCUGUCCUAAGCAAGGAUGGCACAGUGUAUACAUUUGGAGAUGACAGCUAUGGACAGUUAGGCAAGAAUGUGGAGGAUAACACAGCAGAACCUCAGAAGAUUGAAGAAUAUGAAGGACAGGUUUCGCAGAUAGCUUGUGGAAGCUACCACACACUACUGUAUGUCUUCACUUCUAACUGCAUUGUGUCCUUUGGUCGUGGGCUGCAAGCAAAACCAGAAACAUCCAGCAGUAAUAAAAGUCAACCUCCACAGCAACCAGGGGCAUUAGACAUUAGUGGCCUUAUCUGUCCAAAAGACUUUGUGAACAUCCAUACAAAACGGAUCUUUGCUGGAAACUAUGUCAGCUUUGCAACAUCUUCACUGAAACCACAGAAGCAUAAAACAACAACACUGAUUGAUAACUUACAAAAGAUCUGCCGGCUUGACAAAGAUAUGGUAAAAGUGUGGACAGACGCAAAUUAUGGGCGAGAGAAGAAUCAAGACGCCAAAAGGCAAAUAACUAAAAUAUUUUCUUCACCUGCUUGUCUCGCUGCAAGUUUUCUGAGACCCCGAUCCUCUCCAUCAGACACCUCUACAAUAGUGGACCUCGACACUGCAAGUGAAUUAUUUACAAAACUAUGUCAAUGUAAAUGGAUUGUGGAUAUGUUAUGCUCUAUCUUGAAAACGGACCUGAUUCCAGACAUUGAAUCUCUUCCAACUCUCUAUGAGGCUUUGUCUAUAUUCCUUCUACUUCCAGAAUUCCCCAUAAUGUAUGAUGUGAACAUCUGCUUACCAUUAGUAGCCCCUUUUGCCUAUGCUGUCAACAAUCUCAGCAAAAAUGCCCUGAAAAUGUUGGAGUCAAUGUGGUCUCUGUUACCUGAAAACUCACUGAAAAAGCUAAUUCACAUGUUUAAAGUUUCCUUGGUAAUAUCGGUGCUUAUGAAAAAGGAGGGGACUAGAGAUUUGUUAGAUGUCCUAAAGAAGCUGCACAAGGUAAACAUUAAAACUAAUUAUAAAGUUCCAGAAAGCCACUUCUGUGUUCCUGAGGUUUCCGAUGUGAUCAUUAUCCCAGUCGAUCUUAGCAACUGGCGCAUAUGGCAAAAGCAGCCUGACACUGAAAGCAGCUCUGUUCCUGAAAUAUUUUGUCGUUAUCCAUAUAUCUUAACAUUUCCCACUAAGGUUAAUUAUCUUCACUUUGAUGGAGAAAUUACAAAGAAUAGUGUUAAGCUUCAAGCUCAACAAGUGCUGGUGAUGAAUAGAAUGCAGGGCAUCAGCGAAAAUCCCAGGAUACCAAUUUUACAUCUCAAAUUGCGACGUGAUCAUUUGCUGGAAGAUACCCUGCAUAAACUAAGACUCGUGGAAGACUGUGAUCUCAGAAAGCAACUAAUGGUGGAAUUCCAGGGUGAGACUUCAGCUGAUCCCAGAGCUGCUCUUAUAGAGGUCUUUCUCUCUGUGGGUGAGAAGAUGGUUCAUCCUGAUUAUGGAUUAUUCUCUUCCCCCGAUCCAAUGUUGCCAGUAUGGUUUCCAAAUCAUUCAAUAGCAGAAAAGAAACAAUAUUAUUACUAUGGAAUACUUUGUGGCCUGGCAAUCUUCAAUCAGUGGGUCAUGUAUCUACCAUUUCCACUUGCCUUGUUUAAGAAGCUUCUGGGCAGAAAAACUACUCUGGACGAUUUAAAAGAAUUGCAGCCUACUUUGGGAAGAAGUCUACAGAUCAUACUGGAUGCUAAAGAUGAUAAAGUGGAAGCCCUUGAACUGUAUUUUACUAUCACCUGGGAAAACCGAACUAUAGAACUCAUUCCAAAUGGAACAUCAGAGCGUGUGACCGGUAUAAACAAGCAAAACUAUGUGAACAAGUAUGUUGACUACAUUUUCAACACCUCUGUGGCCGAGUAUUUUGAGGAGUUCAAGGCAGGACUGCACAAAGUUUGUGACAAAGACAUUCUGUCAUUUUUCCAGCCAGAUGAACUGAUGGAUCUUGUUGCUGGCCAUGCAAAUUAUGACUGGAAUAUAUUUGAGCUGAAUACUAAAUACGUGGGGAAAUACUCCCGAGACCACCCAACCAUAACCAUGUUCUGGAAGGUUUUCCAUGAUCUGACACUACCACAAAAGAAGGGCUUUCUCUAUUUCCUGACUGGAAAUGAUAAACUUCCAGUGUUUUUUUUUGAAACUAUGUGUAUGAAGAUCUCCUCAUUUGGUGUCCCAAAGGAAAACUACCUUCCAGAAGCUCAGACUUGCACUCAGCUACUACUGCUCCCUGAAUACUCCAAACUUCCAGUGCUCCGCAAAAAGCUGCUCCGUGCAAUAGAAAACAACAAAGGACUUGAUAGAACAUAGAAAACCAAAACCAUUGUCCUUCGAGCUAUAUACUGUAGCUUCCUUCAUCUCCAAAUUUCGGAAACCAGA